GGAAAAGCAACACAAAAUUUAUGGUCCAAUUGCCAUGGCCACCAAUCAGCUCCGGGAUUUAGCGGGACGCUUCCUUCUUCUCCUUCUCCUUGCAUUAACACAGCCUCUCACAACCCAAUCCAGAGGCUUGAAAGCAACUACUGGCACAGGCAAAUCCUUCAUCCUCGAGCAAUUGGAGGGCUCGGAAAAGGGCCAAACCGUGAAGGGCCUGCACGAGGUCAAGCAAUACCUCGAGAACUUCGGAUACCUAAACUACGAAACCUCCCGCAGGUUUGUUAACGACAACGAGUUCGAUGAUCUCCUGGAGUCCGCCAUUAAAACAUAUCAGUCAUUUUAUCAUUUGAAUGUCACCGGAAACCUCGACUCCAAGACUGUUGAGAUGAUGAUGAUCCCUCGGUGCGGCGUACCUGACAUCUUCAACGGCUCCUCUUCGAUGCACGGCCACCACCACAAUCACUCCAAGCAUUUCCACACGGUGUCUCGAUACGUUUUUCUACAAGGAAAUCCAAAAUGGCCGGCAUGGAAGACCAAGUUUACCUACACCUUCCAGUCCAGUGCCACCCCGGUGGUGAAUCUACGGGUACAACGACGAGCAUGUGCACAGGCUUUCAAGACAUGGGCUGCUGUUACGAAGUUCACGUUCAAAGAGGUGCCACGAGGAGCUCCGGCGGACAUUGUGAUAGGGUUCCACAGGCGAGCUCAUGGUGAUAAUGGGCCGUUCGACGGGCGCGGGGGAGUCUUGGCUCACGCCGCUGCACCGCCGGUGGGAAAGCUCCAUAUUGAUGCGGAUGAAGACUGGAGCACGCAGCCAUCAAUGCAGCAAGCCGACUUGGAAUCCGUGGUGGUGCAUGAGUUAGGGCACGUUCUUGGGCUAGGGCACACCCCUGUCCCCCAAGCCAUCAUGUAUGCUAACUAUUGGUUUGGGAGUGUGAAGAGGAAUCUCCAUCAGGAUGACAUUGAAGGCAUACGCGCCUUGUACUCUUAAACAAUAUGUACCCCAGCUUGUUAUUACCAGUGUGUUAGUUCAGCUAGUUGAACCAAGAACUGGACCCCUUCCCGGUCUGAGUUGAAGAUAAAAGUAAGUGGAGCAUUGACCCGAAAUAACCCAGAUAGAACCGGGCGACCUAGCUAACCCGGUUAACCCAAUACGAACCCGGGUCAUUUCCUCAUUACCCAAUUUCACCAAAAUAAUUUAUAAUGUUGUAAGCCUAAAUUGCUUCAGGGCCUAGGGCCAUUUUUAGGAGUUAGUUUGUCCAUAAACAUGAACCCAUGAACCUUCAGGGUUUCAUUUUCA